CACUUAUAAAGCCUGAUUCCAAUCAUUCCCACUUUCUUUUGCUUUUGAUUCCAUCUCUCAAUAACACGAUUGGCAAGGCAGACUACCAUAAAUAAGAAGCUUUAUUCUCAAUUCCUUGUAACCACUUAAUUUAUUAGCAUCUGACUUCAUCAAGCAUCUUACCAGGUUCUCAAUCUACUUCGAAUCUACCAAACAAUUAAAUUACCUCUUCAAAAUGGCAGACAAGUUUACUAUUUACUCCUCCGGUGAAUCGCAGUGGGUAGGCGUCAUGCAUUUGGCGCUGGUUGAGAAAGGUCUCAAGAAGGACAUAGAUUACAAUGUGAAGGAGAUUAGUCUUUCAAAUGGCGACAACUUCGCCCCCGAAUAUAUCGCAAUUAAUCCCAAUGGAACAGUGCCUUCUCUCACUGCCCCUUCUCUCUCUAAACCCAUCACCGAAAGUGCUGAUAUCCUACGAUGGAUUGAUGCUCGAGGAACAAAGACCCUUGCGCCUGAAGAUGCGGCUCGGUCAAAAGAGAUACUUGAUCUCAUGCACUCACCAUCCAUGAGCACCAACCUAAUUCUAUUCCAGGCGCGAGAUGCGGAUGAGAUGGCGUACAAGAAAGGUAGCGCCUGGAAUGCCUUCCUUGAAGGACGCCAGACACGGUUAGACAAGGAGCUCGCCGCACAGCCCACCCACCCAUUUUAUGUUUCGAAGACAGCUGAAAAUCUGUCUGUGACAUCAUUAUAUCGGGCAGAUGUUGGACCCACCCAUGAAGAUUUCUACAAGAUGACGGAUGGCAUGUAUCGCACCCUGGCUGCAGGCCUUGACAAGCUCGACAGCUUGAUUGCUCUACCGUAUGCGGCUGGGUCGCGGGUUAGUGAGGCAGACUACAAUACCGUUCCAUGGCUCGCACACGCCAUGAUGGGAGCGGAUACGCCAGUUGCAGACGUGCAGGACUUUGGGCCAUUGGAACGCUUGAUCCAAAAAACGGUACCUGAUUUCAAAAUUGGUUCAAAGAUUAAAGAGUGGUGGUCAAAUAUCGCAAAGACGGAGGCGUUCAAGGAGGUGUAUCCCGUUUUGCACUAAGUUGCUAUACUCGCAGCUUAAGGAGGCAAUCAUUAUCACGCUGAACUUCAAGGAACUAUAAAAGUGAACAAUAAUGUAUAUAAAUAGAUUGUUCUUAUAAAAUAUAUCGUGUUUUGUCAACG